UUCUGAACUAUUAUUUUCUUAUGAACCACUCUAUUUUUUUUCUUUCUAUUUACUCUCUAAAUGCCUAUAAAAUCAAAACCGAUGGCUUCUAAAUUUAUGCAUCCAUUUCUUAAUUUUCUCACAAAUCUCAGUCGAUCCCUCCAAUUCUUUCUAUGAUAUCUCAUAUUGUUUGGCUGUGAUUGUGAAGCCUUCGACACUCCAAACAACUGGUCGAAAUUUUUCAGACAGCUGGUCAAAAAAUUCAGACAGAUACUCGAAAUUUUUAGACAGUUGGUCAAAAUUUUACACAGAGAUCAUUUUGCAAAAAAUUAUCAAAACUAGAAAUGACGCUCCAACACUUCUUUCACAAGCAUCCUUUGGUGCUAAAGGAAAAGGAUGACGAGUCUGCUUCUCUUAACUCGACGAUUCCUUGUCGCCUAUGCGUUCUUUCUGAUAUUACACCUCCAUUUUAUGCUUGCAAUUCGUGCAUUUAUUACUACGCCCACAAAUCAUGUGCAGAGUUGCCUCAAUAUUUGUUUCACUCUAAACAUCCUUCCCACACUCUUGCCUUGUCUUUUUAUGUAGCUUAUAAUUGCAACUCUUGUGAUACUCAUUACACUGGCUAUCCCACUUUCACAUGCCGACAAUGUGAUUUUUACUUGGAUAUAAAAUGUGCUACAAUGGCUACCAUAACAUUCCAAAAACUUGGCCCUCAUACCAUUCAACAUUCUACUCAUCCACAUCCAAUGGAGCUUAAAACCUACCCGAACACCGCGGGUGAAAUCGCUCUUUGUUUUGGUUGUCAAUCACCAAUGAAUUAUGGUUCUCGAGUUUAUGCUUGCACAAAAAAUGAGUUAUGCAAGUAUUUCCUUCACGAAUCAUGUGCAGAACUCCCAAAAGAAAUUCGAUAUCCUUUUCACAUGAACCAUGGCCCUCUUAUCCUUCAUAUACAAAAUUUCAGAUGGUUAUUCAAUAAUGAUAAGUGUAGCUUAUGUAACAAAACCUACACAACAUUUUUCACUUACAAAUGUAGUAGUGAUCAGUGUAGUUUUCAGUUAUGUUUGAAAUGCAGUACAAUUGCAAUAAGAGCUAGAAAAACUAUCAAGUAUAGGUAUCACGAGCACCUUCUUUGUUUUGCUUCGGAAGUUGAUAUGCUUAUUGACAAUAAUAAUAAUCAGUGCAGCAGCUAUGAUUCUUAUUGCAAGCAAUCAACUACCAUAUCAUGUAGCAAAGAAUUUUCUAACACCUCUUCUUAUACAUUUUAUUGUUUGGAAUGCAAUUUCAAAUCACACUUGCUCUGCGGACCAUUACCAUUUAGAAUUAAAUAUAAGUAUCACAUCCAUCCUCUGAAUCUUUCAGAUUUUUUCAUCGACGAGGAAAGUCCUGAAGAACAUUAUUGUGAUAUCUGUGAAAUGGAAAGAGAUCCACGAAUACGUGUGUACUGUUGUGUUCCUUGUAAAUUCGCGGCACAUGUGCAUUGUCUUAUUCAUAAGAUUAUAAAUAUAUUCAAAGGAGACCUAAACAACAUGCCUCUCAAAACUAUGGGAGAAGAUCUUUGGAUAGCUAAUGAAUGGGAUUUUGCUUCAACAAAUUUGGAAGAUGAGAAAGCUGGCAAGUCUCACUCAACAUUGAUCGAUCUAAUAAAUUCUCUACCUCCACAUGAGAAAGAGAUUUUGAAGAGAUUUCACACAUGGGAUGAUUCUUCUUUGUCUCAAUCAAAUCAUGGAGAAGAAGAAGAUGUUAAUUGGAUUAUAGAUAUUUUCUCUUCUAAACAAGCUGCCAACAAAGUACUCAACAAUGUUUUCUUGCACAAGCUUGUUGAAAAACCAUUGGAAUUUAAAUCCACCGAUUUAGAGUUAAAGCUUGUGACUGUGGAAGGUUAUGAAAUACCUCAUACAAUGGCAUUUGUUUUGAAAAGAUUACUACAUUUGUAUGGGGAUAUUAGUUCUUCUCCUAGUAAUAGUAGAGUUAUUAUAACAUCAAAAGAAGGGAAAAGCAUCUUCUAUUUCCUUUUGUGUCGAGUUUUGAAAAACAUGGCCAAUACAAAGAUUGCUGAUGUGACCACAGAUGUUUUGAGAGAAUGGAUUUACAACCUAGUGAUCACAAGGAGUUGUGGGUUUAAAAUUGAUUUCCUAGUUUCCCAUCUAAGGAAUGAAAUUAUGCCAGCUUUCUAUGGUGUUCAAGCAAAGAGACUUGAAGAUGAAAUCCCAACAAUGAUAAGGAGACAGAUGGAAAAGCUUCAACAAGAGAUGAUGAAGCUAGAGUCUCAAUUGAAGUUUUGUGAGGACUUUUGUAAUGAGUCUUCUCCUAAAGCCAAGGAAGUGGAAAAUUGUUUGGCCAAAGCUUCUCAAUGGAAGUGGAAAAAUAUAUGUCAAGGUUUGUUUUAGGAAGGAGGCCACAAGUACUCAACUUUGUUCUUAUUGCUUGGAAUAUUCUCAAAUAAAAUAAAAUAAUAAAGUUGUACCCAUUCCUAAUUCA